UGAUUUCCCAGGUAGGAUUUUAAGAUGUGCUCCUGAAGUGUCCUGCUCUUACAGUGGAGUUUCUAAGACCUGGAGCAGCUUCUGACUCUCACCAGCUCUUCCGCGGCUCUGCUCACCCAACUGUAAAGGCAGCUUGAAUUUGGCAGGGCAGAGGCAGGUUUGCAAAACCCACGCGUCCCUUCCCCUCCAGAUGCAAAGCGUGGUAUGAGAGGAGCAUCUCAGCCUUUAAACUGUCUGUUGCCUUUUGCUUGAGGAGUGAAAACGUAAAGCUGUGCAAAACAAUCUUGGCAGCUGGGAAAAAAAAAAAAAAGGCUGAGAUCCCUUCAAAAUUAAGAGAGCCACCGGAACGACAGAGGUCUCUAAAGCACAAACUUACUGCAGUGUAGGAUGAUGACGCUAUCCUAAGAAACUAACAAGUCAGAAGCUUUGGGGCUGAAUCACUGUCUCGCUGAGCUGGUCGGGUUUCCUCAAAGCUUCCUUCAGCUGCAGGCUGCCACGGGAUGGCCAUGGAGGGUCACGUUUGCCUCUUCGGUAAUCUUUCGGACUGUGAAAGCCCGUGCAAACAAAAAGAGCCCUGUCUGCAAUCAGUACGAGCUGGGCAAAACAGUUAUAGCGUUGGAUAUUGGCUGCUAAUAUCUUACACAGAAAGUGAGACUGAAUAACACACACAUGUGGAUUUCUGGAGGAAAGACUGAAGGACAUCCUGUUUUGAUUUAACAAUGUUAUUACUCUUUGGGAGUGAAGUGAAGAAACUGGUUAUGUUUUGGAAAUAUUCAAAUUUCUAAUGUAACUCAAGUUAACUGGGGUUGGGUUUUUUUUUCAGUACAGACUUCAACAAGUGAUGUCUGAUUGUGGGUUGUUCAUUUUAAACAAAGGUGCAGAACCUGUCACUAGUAGAAAGUUGUAGUAAUACAGACACAUCAUCCUGGACGUCUCUGAGAGAUCUAGCAGUUGAAAUAGGUGGUAUGUCUCUUGAUGGGAGUGACAGUAACAUGAAUGAAAGGACAAAUAAUGAAGAAAUUACUAAUCCUGGGGUAAUGCAGCAAAGCCUCCCUGUAGUAGUGAAUAGCAGCAGCAGAAGUGAGGGAGGUUCUGAGAGCAGUUAUUGUACCUCGGAACCCAGUGGUUCCUGGGGUGAUUUUGAAGGCUUCAGGGAGUCCUUAGGCAAAUCAGAGAGAUUUGAUCAUAAUACUGAAAUUUCAGUGAAGUCUACAAAAACUUCUGAAGGUGAUACAGACUGGAGCGGAGGACACUGCAGUACUUCUGAUGGUCACUUGUGUUCUGAGCCAUCUCUACACAGUGGGAUACAGGACGUUUCAAGCUCUUUAAAUGAGGCAAACCACAGCUAUGAGGAUAUAUUUAAGUUGGGCUUUCCAGAAGUCUUUGUAUCACAGUCCAGAGAGAACAUAAGAAGCUUAGAUCAAGUACUUGAUACAAAUAAUGAAGAUGUUGGAAUUCCUGAGCUUAUGAAGAAUCAACUUUGCAUUGACUCUGGAAACAUAUGGAGAACUCUUAGAGACUUAGGUAAUACCCCCAGAUUAAGACAUCCCUGGAGUAAAUCUCAUUGCAAAGAAAACCUCUUGAGUGUUCUUGGAAUAGAUGCAAAUCGAACGGACUUUUCAAAGAGCCAGGAUGAUAUUCUUGAGGAAUCAGAUGUUAAAGACAACGAGGAUUUUGGGUUUGAUGGAUUCAGUAUUAAUAACUGCAAAGCACUGAUCCAGACCAAGCUUUCUGUAUCACCAGAUUCCAGACAUGAUCAUCUUUUCACCUGUAACCUUUUCUUGAAAACCACAUCAUCAAACGGAAACAAGCAAUAUAUAACAGUCCCAAGGAAGAAGCACAUCUUCACUACACAGAACCUAAAAAUGAAAUUUUUUAAUAAUGAUAUUUGUUGAGCCAAGUGCACUUUUUUUCUUUUUUUUUUUCUUUUUUUUUUUCUUUUUUUUUUUUUUUCCUUUUUGAACUGAAUGCAGCUCACCUUCAUUUCCUUACUGGCUUGGUACUAGAGACUACAUAUGUUCUUCAGGAAAGUGACAAGUACCUGAAGCCAUGUUAUUAGAAAGUAUUUAUCCUAUCUAGUUGUAAAGUCAAAGCUGUAAUUUUGUCCUGCUGAGUUUUGCUGCUGAAUCAUGUCUCUUACAGUAAGUCCAGCUGCAAUCACACUUUAAAGAUGCUCUGGUGGACUACUGUUCUGAACUACUGAUCUUUCAGGCCUUACUGCCUUUUUGAUGAUAAACCUGUUUUCCCUGCCAAAAUCUAAACACACCUCACGUGUGUUGUAAAGUGUGCCUUGUCACCAUCUCGUCUAUUUGGUCCAGUCGGGAUCAGCUGAGAUCUGGUACUUUGCCACUGCUUAGCACAAUGAAAAGUGAGCCUUCUACAUCCUGUGGCUUUUGUUGGGGUUUAGGAAGAUAUAACUUCUGUCUGAUAGAGCCUGCUGUGGUAAUACGGGUUGUGUCAGUGGUGUGACUGGAUUCAUGGCAUUUUGAGCUGGCAUUGGUUUCUAACUGAAAUAAAUCACAUCUCUGAAGCUGAUUGUAA